GACUUCUGUCAGCAUGCAAACGCUGCAUAGAUGAUUCACCCUGUAAAGAGACAUCAUUGGGAAGGAACAGGGUCUAAUGAUGUAGCAGCUACAGGGGACUUUCUGUACAUGUGGGCUAUGAUUCAAAACAGUCCGAUCACAGUCAGUAUGGAAGUGCAGACAACCUCUCUGGUCUGGAUAUACGUUAACAGCACAGUGAACACUUCGUAUGAGUACAACGCGACGGAUUUGACCGAAGACUCAAACCGGUCUUACACUAUCGGCCUCUUCCUGUCCUGCCUGUACACCAUCCUCCUCUUUCCUAUUGGAUUUAUUGGCAACAUCUUAAUCCUGGUGGUGAACCUGAACCACAGAGAGAAGAUGACCAUCCCCGACCUUUACUUCGUCAACCUGGCUGCAGCCGAUCUAAUCCUGGUGGCGGAUUCCCUCAUCGAGGUCUUCAAUCUGAACGAGAAAUACUACGACUACGCCGUUCUCUGCACCUUCAUGUCGCUGUUCCUGCAGGUCAACAUGUACAGCAGCAUCUUCUUCCUCACAUGGAUGAGCUUUGACCGAUACAUUGCUUUGGCUAGCUCCAUAAGCAGCAGCCCUCUGAGGACUAUGCAGCACGCCAAACUCAGCUGCAGCCUCAUCUGGAUGGCGUCCAUCUUGGCAACGCUGCUGCCCUUCACCAUCGUGCAGACGCAGCACAGGGGCGAGGUGCACUUCUGUUUCGCCAACGUCCUCGAGAUCCAGUGGCUGGAGGUCACCAUCGGUUUUUUGGUGCCCUUCACCAUCAUCGGUCUCUGCUACUCUCUGAUCGGGCGAAUCCUCAUGAGGGCGCAGAAGCACCGUGGGCUGUGGCCACGGCGGCAGAAGGCCCUGCGCAUGAUCGUGGUGGUGGUUCUGGUGUUCUUCAUCUGCUGGCUGCCGGAGAACGUCUUCAUCAGCAUCCAGUUGCUGCAGGGCACCACUGACCCCGCGCAGAAGACUGCUACCACCCUGUGGCAUGACUACCCGCUCACGGGGCACAUUGUUAACCUGGCAGCUUUCUCCAACAGCUGCCUCAACCCCAUUAUCUACAGCUUUCUAGGAGAGACCUUCAGGGACAAGCUGCGGCUCUUCGUUAAACAGAAGGCCAGCUGGUCAGUGGUGAACCGCUUCUGCCACCACACCCUCGAUUUACACCUGCCUGUCAGGAGUGUGGUGUCAGAGGUGUGACUGAUAUAAAGAGGGACAAGAAACUCACAAAAUGUGCUAACAAUUAUUUCAAAGUUAUAUCUCACCCAGUGUGAAAGAUAACCUCAGCUUUCUUCAUCCGUUAUGUAGCUUUGCCUCUCAAUUAACCUGCUCACUUCCUGAACAAAAACACAAAAGCACCAAAAAUAUACACACA